CUCCACCACCCCACCACCCCUUCCCCCACUAACUCUAGCAACGAUUACAGCCCCUCACUCAUCAAGCCCAGUCUAAAGUUGUCAUCAUGAAGCGCGUCCGCCGCCUCAACCCGGGUUCUCAGCCUGUCGACCGUGCCGCAUCUCUCAUCGUCCCGAUUCCCACCAUGGACGACACCACCACCGAUAGUCCCAUCAGAGGCAUUUAUAAGCUUCCGAUUGAGAUAACCCAGGAAAUCGCUGGUUACCUCUCUGACCAGGAUGUCUGCGCCUUGGGAGCUUCCUGUCGUCAUUUCAAGCUUAUAAUCGACGACAAUUCCUUCUGGUUCAAGCGCUUUCACGCCACCUUCGAUCCUAGCUCCAUCUACAUUGUCAAGAGUGGCGUCACCAAUGCGGAAGAUGUUAAGGAUAAGCUCAAACUCCUUUACCAGGACCGCCAGAAGCGUCUUCGGGGCACGGCGUUCAUGACUGGCGAAUUCCGUUCCAGGGAGAAGAGAGUCAUUCGCCUUCUAGCUGAACUGAUCAGGGAGUCGUACAAUGGCAAGCCUCUUUUCGACAGCAACGGCCUCCUCACUUGCAACAACAUCGAGGUUUUGAAGGAGUAUGCUAAGAAUACCGAGCUACUCGAAAUCUUCAGCCCUUCCAAAUACUCUCAGAAGUACAACUCUGGACUCGCUGCCAUCCAGCUCAUGUGCACAUCUAUGUGCUUUGAUGCGGAUCUGGGCCUUCACAACUGGAAUUUCAAUCUCUCCCAGAAGUAUUGCUACAUGACUGCCAUAGAGGCACCCGUGUUCACCAAUGCAGACAAGACCAUGGUGAACGUGGAGUGGCUUCUACACGUCGUAAACUUCUUCAAGUACCAUGCGACGAACGAAGACGAGAGAACUCUCUUUGAGCCUUUCCAAUCACUCGACACUCUGGAGAAGCCUGCAAUGUGGACUAGAUCCGUCAAGGAUAAUGGUGGAAAGCUUGGAAAGAACUGGAAGGGCACAUACGCCUAUCUUGACCGUGACCAGAUGAGGCUCAUGCGCAGAGCUAUUGAAGACGACGACGACUCCAUGGUCAUCAUAGACCACAACAUCGACCACGGCGAAAAGGCGAUCCAGACCCUCGAACUCGACUAUCCCGGCGAUCACCCCCGAUUCAAAUGGCCUACUAAGUUUGAGGAUAGUCUUGGAUCUCGUUCGGUUGAGUAUCCUCCCACCCCCGUCCAGCACAACAUCAACAAUACGAACCCUCCUCCCAAAAAUACGACUGCCAUCUUCUUCGAGGGUGAAGGUUACGACAACGAGGAAUACCUUGCCGCCGGCUGGCUCAACCCUCUCCCCGAACAAGAGGGAAUCCCCGGUUGGAUGAGAGUCACGAUGAUGAAGUACUUCGACGAUCAGCAAGGUGGCUGGCACACCAACGCUCUGUGGGCUUACGAGGGUGUCGUCCUUCCAGGCGGACAUAUCAUGUUGGGCCGUUGGUGGAACCCUGAGGAACCGGCUCCGGGGGUUUACGUUGGCCCUUUCAUCUUCUGGGAUGUCGACGCCAGCGUCGGCGACGAUGAUGACUCGGACAUGACGGACUCUGAACAUUAA